UUCUGCGGCGACCGUGCAGACUUCGGGUUCAGGCCGAAUGACGCACAAUGACCAAUGACCAAGGAGAAAGUUGUUGAGCCCAUCAACUACCUCUGAGCUGAGCCUUAAAAGGGAUACCCAGCUUCUAAAUCCUCGUGAUUUGCUCUUAUUUCUCUCAUCAAUUCAGUUCUAUUCCCGCCAAGUUCGCAUCAUUAGACAAAAUCUGCUGCAGAUCAUACCGAUAAAUUUCGAAGUUGUUCUAUCCUUCUGGUUCUGCUAGUUGUCAGAAGAUGGGAUCAAGUCAAUGGAUUGUCGAAAAAAGAUCUAGCUUUAGAAGUGAUUCCCUUCCAGGAGACAUAGAAAAUGUACCCGAAACUGGGCCUCUCUCCAUCGCCGUGCUUGGUGCUUCUGGUGAUCUUGCUAAGAAGAAGACAUUUCCUGCACUUUUCCACCUAUAUCGCCAGGGGUUCUUACCACCAAAUGAAGUUCACAUUUUUGGCUAUGCAAGGACAAAAAUCUCUGAUGAUGAAUUGAGAAACCGCUUACGUAGCUAUCUUGUUAAGGACAAAGAUCCAUCCCCUGAGCAGUUGGAUGAUGUUGCAAGGUUUUUGCAACUAAUCAAAUACGUAAGUGGAUCUUAUGAUUCUGAGGAUGGUUUCCGCCUACUGGAUAAAGAGAUUUCACGACAAGAAUGUUCAAAAAAUAGCGUGGAGGGUUCAUCUCGAAGGCUUUUCUAUCUUGCACUCCCUCCUUCAGUAUACCCUUCUGUUUGCAGAAUGAUCAAGCGUUGUUGCAUGAAUAAAUCUGAUCUUGGAGGAUGGACCCGUGUUAUUGUUGAGAAGCCUUUUGGCAAGGAUCUACAGUCUGCUGAGGAACUCAGUGCCCAGAUUGGAGAGUUGUUUGAGGAACCACAGAUUUACCGUAUUGAUCACUACUUGGGAAAGGAAUUAGUGCAGAAUAUGUUAGUACUUCGUUUUGCAAAUCGGUUUUUCUUACCUCUUUGGAAUCGCGAUAACAUUGACAAUGUUCAGAUAGUUUUCCGUGAGAAUUUUGGAACUGAAGGUCGUGGUGGAUAUUUUGAUCAGUAUGGGAUUAUUCGAGAUAUUAUUCAAAACCAUCUGCUGCAGGUUUUCUGCUUGGUCGCAAUGGAAAAACCUAUUUCUCUCAAGCCAGAGCACAUUCGUGAUGAGAAAGUGAAGGUUCUUGAAUCAGUCCUUCCUCUGAAAGAUGAUGAGGUUGUUCUUGGACAAUAUGAAGGCUACAAGGAUGACCCAACUGUACCUGACCAUUCAAACACUCCAACAUUUGCUACUGUUAUUCUGCGAGUACACAAUGAAAGAUGGGAAGGUGUUCCUUUCAUUCUAAAGGCAGGGAAGGCCCUAAAUUCAAGUAAGGCAGAGAUACGGCUUCAGUUCAAGGAUGUUCCCGGUGAUAUUUUCAAGUGUAAAAAGCAGGGCAGAAAUGAGUUUGUUAUACGACUGCAGCCUUCAGAGGCUAUUUACAUGAAGCUUACGGUCAAGCAACCUGGGCUGGAGAUGUCAACUGUGCAAAGUGAACUAGACUUGUCAUACAGGCAGCGUUAUCAAGGUGUCACCAUCCCAGAGGCUUACGAGCGUCUAAUUCUCGACACAAUAAGAGGAGAUCAGCAGCAUUUUGUUCGAAGAGACGAGUUGAAGUCAUCGUGGGAGAUAUUCACGCCACUUCUGCACAAAAUUGAUGAAGGGAAGUUCAAGUCAAUCCCUUACAAACCAGGAAGCAGAGGUCCUGCAGAAGCUGAUGAGUUGCUUGAAAGAGCAGGCUAUGUUCAAACACACGGUUAUAUAUGGAUCCCACCCACCUUAUAAAGUGCACAUUUUGAGGCUGUUCUGGGGCUUACACAACAAUAAGUUUUAUAAUGUUGUAUUAUGAAGCGACUUUCUUGUAUUGUGUGUGUGUUCAUAAAAAGCAGGCGAAUAAAAUUUACAAGAGCUUGACACAGUUUGUAUGGCGUGAGAAUCAGCUGAUUAAGUAGUUGCCUAAAACUCUCACUCAAUCCUAAUAAAACUCAGUUUCUUACUGAUCAA